AUGUGGAAUUCUCUUCAAAAGCGUGCGGGCAACCGCGCGCUCAGGACGAACCCACCCAACGCCGAUAUCCAUCUUGGCCGGUGGGGUAGUGACUGGGGCUACGUGAUGUUCUGCGUCAUGGCGGCGUCGCUCAUCGGUCUUCUCAUCUGGUCCACCAAACUCGCUCGAAACCGCCGAACGUUUCACUACCUGUUCAUCCCCGUGCUUGCCAUCUCGUCUGUCGCGUGGUACUCAAUGGCCAGCGACCUCGGUGCAACUCCCGUCCCAGUUCAGUUCCGCCACAACAGCCCGCUUGGUCCCGGCUCGCGCUAUCCGACACGCCAGAUCUGGUUCGCACGCUACAUCGACUGGACACUCACCACGUCGCUCCUACUGCUCAGCCUGCUGCUCAUCACCGGACUUCCGCUUUCGGUCAUCUUCAUCACGCUCUUCUUCAACAUCUUGAUGAUCGUGUGCGGCCUUCUAGGCGCGCUGACACCAACACGAUACAAGUGGGCAUACUUUGUGUUUGCAUGCGCUGCACUCGGCUACGUCCUGUACCACGUCUUUGCAUCGGGUUUGCGUUCGGCUAGACGGCUCGGAGGCGGCUUUGGAAGGGCGUACUUGACGUGCGCAUCGCUGCUUGCGGUGAUAUGGCCGAUGUAUGCGAUUUGCUGGGGUCUCAGCGAAGGCGGAAACGUCAUCGGCGUCAGCGAAGAGUUCAUCUUCUACGGCCUCCUGGACAUUGUUUCGAAGCCUCUAUUUGCGUUCCUCCUGCUCGCCAUGUUGCGUGACUGCGACUAUGGUGCACUGCGACUUCGUUCGGGCAAGAUCACCGAGUCGAGGAUCGAAGCAAGCGAGCGUGACCGCGACAACGCACACGAGUCGGGCCAGUCCGAGCAAGCAAAGGCUCUCGAAGGACCCACACAGCCUGGCGCCGAAAGCGGCCUUGCACCAGCUGACAAUCAGUAUUCAGCGUCGCAACAUCGUCCACUCUCGCACACCUCGACCCGACCUGAGCCGACGGGCGUGCCACAGACCAUGAUGACUCCCGUCCAUGCCACAGCUACCGCCUGA